GUCGCGGCGCACACGGCGGAGGCGCGGGCCGAGGCUGGGGCCGGGCCCCGGCCGGGGCGGCGGGAGAAGGCGGGACGGGUGCGGAAGGACACUGCUUAAAGCCGCGCGAUCGCACCGCGUCCUUCCUUUUCCGGUCGGGGCUGCGGCGGGGACGGGAGGGAGCGUGAGAGGCUCCGCCGCCACCAUGGCUUGUGCUCGACCGUUAAUAUCCAUCUACUCUGAAAAGGGAGAAGCAUCAGGCAAAAAUGUCACCUUGCCGGCUGUAUUCAAGGCUCCUAUUCGCCCUGAUGUUGUGAACUUUGUUCAUACUAAUUUGCGCAAGAACAACAGGCAGCCUUAUGCUGUCAGUGAACUUGCAGGUCAUCAGACCAGUGCUGAAUCUUGGGGUACUGGGAGAGCUGUUGCUCGUAUUCCUCGAGUAAGAGGUGGUGGAACUCAUCGCUCUGGCCAAGGUGCCUUUGGAAAUAUGUGUCGUGGAGGCCGCAUGUUUGCCCCAACCAAGACUUGGCGACGCUGGCACCGUAGAGUGAAUACAACUCAAAAACGUUAUGCCAUCUGUUCUGCUUUGGCAGCAUCAGCUCUUCCAGCGCUGGUCAUGUCUAAAGGCCACCGCAUCGAGGAGAUUCCAGAACUUCCUCUGGUUGUUGAGGACAAAGUUGAGAGUUACAAGAAAACCAAGGAAGCUGUUCUUCUUCUUAAGAAGCUUAAAGCUUGGAAUGACAUCAAAAAGGUUUAUGCCUCCCAGCGUAUGCGGGCUGGAAAGGGUAAAAUGAGGAACCGUCGUCGCAUCCAGCGCAGGGGACCGUGCAUCAUCUACAAUGAAGACAAUGGUAUUAUAAGAGCUUUCAGAAAUAUCCCAGGAAUUACUCUUCUUGAUGUAAACAAGCUGAAUCUGCUGAGACUUGCUCCAGGUGGUCAUGUUGGGCGUUUCUGCAUUUGGACUGAAAGUGCCUUCCGCAAGCUGGAUGAUCUAUAUGGCACCUGGCGCAAAGCUGCUACUCUGAAGAGUGACUAUAACCUGCCAAUGCAUAAGAUGACCAAUACAGACCUUGGAAGAAUCCUGAGAAGCCAGGAAAUCCAGAAGGCGCUACGUGCUCCAAAGAAAAAGAUUCACCGUAGAGUCCUGAAGAAGAAUCCACUGAAGAAUCUGAGAAUCAUGAUCAAGUUGAACCCAUAUGCCAAAACAAUGCGACGCAACACCAUUCUGCGCCAUGCUCAAAAUCGCAAACUCAAAGAGGAGAAGAAAGCAAAGGCACAAGCAAAGUUUGCAGCAUAAACACAGUGCAGUACUUCACCACUUAAGUUCAGAAAACUGUACUGUGGACUUAAAGCUAAUAAAUUCUAUUGAAACAAUUAAA